AUCAGAUGGUCGUUAAAGUAGAUAAACAACGAGUCUGGUUGAGGAAUAUGCGUUUAUUCUUAUUUUUUCAUUAUUAUUAUUUUGAGAGCAGCCUUUUUUUUCCUCCCUCAGCCAGAUGUUCGUCCAAUGAGACGAAGUGUGAAGGAAGGAGGAGGCGGAGGAAGGAAUGCUGCAGGAUGCUUUUUAACGCUGUUAAAGGCGACUAGGAAAAAAAAAAAAACUAUUUUAUUUAUUCAUGUGAGAUUUACGAGGAUCACAUGAAGCAUGUCCGCUGCAGGUGUUGCAGUAUGGCUGGGCACCGUAGUUUGCAUUGUGCAUGGCUGUUGUGCCAAACGCACCACUUUGCAUGAGAGAAACAGCCACAUGGAGCGAGCUAUGGGUCUGAAGCAGAGAACAGCCUUGUACAGAGAUGUGAUCACCAUCAUGUCAAGGUCGCACGCGGACCGUAAUGUCUACCCAUCUGCAGGAGUGCUCUUUGUCCAUGUUCUGGAGAGAGAAUACUUCAAAGGAGAGUUUCCGCCUUACCCGAAGUCUGGCGAUGCCAGCAAUGACCCAAUCACGUUCAACACCAACCUAAUGGGCUACCCCGACAGGCCGGGCUGGCUGCGCUACAUCCAGAGGACUCCUCACAGUGACGGAGUACUCUACGGCUCCCCCACUGCAGAACAUGUUGGCAAACCUACUGUCAUAGAGAUAACGGCCUAUAAUAGACGUACUUUUGAAACGGCACGGCACAACUUGGUUAUAAACAUCAUGGCCACAGAAGAAUUCCCGCUGCCCUACCAGGCGGAGUUCUACAUCAAAAACAUGAACGUGGAGGAGAUGCUGGCCAGCGAGGUGCUGGGCGACUUCCUGGGUGCGGUGAAGAACGUAUGGCAGCCAGAGCGCCUCAACGCCAUCAACAUCACCUCAGCGCUGGACCGCGGAGGCCGCGUGCCUCUGCCCAUCAACAACCUCAAAGAGGGUGUGUACGUUAUGGUCGGCGCCGAUGUUCCCUUCUCCUCCUGCCUGAGGGAGGUGGAAAACCCACACAACCAGCUGCGCUGCAGUCAGGAGAUGGAACCCAUCAUCAGCUGCGACAAGAAAUUCAGAGCCCAGUUUCACAUCGACUGGUGUAAGAUUUCUCUGGUUGACAUCACCAAAGUUGUCAUGGUGUACAGUAACCGUCCCGACCCGGGUCCGGGGAUCCUGUCCGAUUUCGGCGAGUACAAUCCGCCGUCCGAGUCUCUGAAGAGCCGCGACUACUUUGUGGACUUCAUCGUCACGCUGGCCGUCCCCUCCGCUGUGGCGCUGGUGCUCUUCUUCAUCCUCGGCUACACUAUGUGCUGCCGACGGGAAGGGUUGGAAAAAAGAAACAUGCAAACACCAGACAUUCAACUAGUGCACCACAGCGCCAUCCACAAGUCCACCAAGGAGCUGCGCAGCAUGUCUAAGAACCGGGAGAUCUCCUGGCCACUGUCCACCCUGCCUGUCUUCAACCCAGUCAGCGGCGAGGUGGUGCCGCCCAUCCACCCCGAUAACUACGAAACCACCAGCAUGCCCCUCAUGCAGACACAGACGAACCUGCAAAACCAGAUUACAAUACCACAGCAGCGGCCAUCAGGAGAUAAUUAUGUCAUGUCAACAUUUCGAAGGCUAGAGGUAAAUGGUAUUCCUGAAGAGAGGAAGGUGGCUGAAGCACUGAAUUUGUGAGGUGGAACAGCUGACUUUGUCUGUAUUUGGAAUUUUGUUUUUCUAAUAUUUGUGCCAAUCUACGUGUUUCAGAAGUCGCUAUAAAAGUUGCCCAUUGCAGUUAAAUCUCAAGUCCGUGAAACACAGAAAAGAGCUUAGUGGAAUACAGAGGUACAUUAGGAUAUUUUGCGUACAGUUAAACUUGUAUUUUACUUGCCUCGGCUUACAGUUUUAAAUGAAAAUGCAUUUGUGUGUGUGUUAAGUGCAAUUGCAUAAAAGUAAAUUCUU